ACCAAACCCGGAAGCUCCUGAAUCGGUCGUGAUUGCUAUUCAUUCAGGCUGCUACGAUUUAAAUCAGUUGCUGUUAAGAUAUCCGUUCACAUCGGGCGCCUGAUCUAUUUGCUUGUAGAUAGAUAAAAGGAGUGCAAGCAUGGCUGGUCGGCUACCGGCUUGUGUUGUUGACUGUGGUACGGGGUAUACAAAGCUUGGUUAUGCAGGAAAUACAGAACCACAGUUCAUCAUACCAUCAUGUAUUGCAAUCAAAGAAUCGGCCAAGGUCGGAGACCAGGCCCAGCGCAGGAUGAUGAGGGGUGUUGAUGACCUGGACUUCUUCAUCGGGGAUGAAGCCAUCGAAAAACCCUCAUAUGCAACAAAGUGGCCCAUCCGUCACGGGAUAGUGGAAGACUGGGACCUGAUGGAGAGAUUUAUGGAGCAGAUCAUCUUCAAGUAUCUGCGGGCAGAACCUGAAGACCAUUACUUUCUUUUGACAGAACCUCCUCUCAACACACCGGAAAACAGAGAGUAUACAGCAGAGAUCAUGUUUGAGUCAUUCAAUGUCCCAGGUCUCUAUAUCGCUGUUCAGGCUGUCCUGGCGCUGGCUGCCUCCUGGACAUCCAGACAGGUGGGAGAACGGACGCUGACAGGGACUGUGAUCGACAGUGGCGAUGGAGUCACACACGUCAUCCCAGUGGCUGAAGGCUACGUCAUCGGUAGCUGCAUUAAGCACAUCCCCAUCGCCGGUCGAGACAUCACAUACUUCACCCAACAGCUGCUGAGGGAACGAGAGGUGGGGAUACCUCCUGAACAGUCCCUGGAGACGGCUAAAGCUGUCAAGGAACGGUUUAGCUACGUCUGCCCCGACCUUGUGAAGGAGUUUAACAAGUACGACACAGAUGGCUCCAAGUGGAUCAAACAGUACACGGGCAUCAACGCCAUCUCAAAGAAGGAGUUCACCAUCGACGUCGGCUACGAGCGCUUCCUGGGGCCUGAGAUCUUCUUCCACCCUGAGUUUGCCAACCCAGACUUCACCCAGCCGAUCUCGGAGGUGGUGGACGAAGUUAUCCAGAACUGUCCCAUUGACGUCAGACGCCCACUGUACAAGAACAUCGUGCUCUCCGGAGGCUCCACUAUGUUCAGGGACUUUGGCAGACGCAUGCAGAGGGACCUCAAGCGGACUGUGGACGCACGACUGAAGAUGAGCGAAGAGCUGAGUGGCGGCAAACUGAAGCCCAAGCCCAUCGACGUGCAAGUCAUCACUCACCACAUGCAGAGGUACGCUGUGUGGUUUGGAGGAUCAAUGCUGGCAUCUACUCCUGAGUUUUACCAGGUGUGCCACACCAAGAAAGACUACGAGGAGAUUGGGCCGAGCAUCUGCCGCCACAACCCCGUAUUCGGAGUCAUGUCUUAGGCGUAGGGUGGGGUGUGGAGGGAGCGGAGGCUGAGGAAAGAGGAGGAAGCGCCACAAGACCUCACAUGCUGUAAAAGUCCCAUGAGCCUUUGCGCGGAUGCUCCGACAAACCUGUUCAUUCGGAUGGAAAGCGACAGUGGACCAAACAAACUGCCGAAAGAGUGGCAAUAUCCUCACAAAUUAGAGGAAAGAGGUGACUCAGCCCAAAGGAUCCUCAAAUAAAAUGUUUACUGCAAGUAGAUUAAUAAUAGGUGAUAAAUCUUUCAUUUCUGCGUGCCUCGUAUAUUAUGUACUUAUAUCCUCACAGGGUCGUAAUAUGUAAUUAAUCAACAUGAGUCCUGUAUAAAUGCACUUGUCUGUGUAUAUGGGUUGGGUUCUUGCGAUGGUAUAUAAAAUAAUGGUUGUUUCAAGAAGCAAGACGUCAUUUUCCACAAGCCUCAUUGAAUAAAACACCUUUAUGGUCAUUAAAGGACCAGUUUGUAAGAUUUAGGAGGAUACUGGCAGAAAUAUAACAUCGAUAAAUAUGUUUUCAUUAGUGUAUAAUUGCCUUAAAAUAAGAAUAGUUUUCGUUACAUUACAAUGGGCCCUUUAUAUCUGAAGAGGGAGCUGGUCCUCUUCCACGUAGUCCGCCAUGUUGUACUACCGUGUUUCUACAGUGGCCCAGAAUGGACAAAAGAAACACUGGCUCUAGAGAGUGUCGUUUUGAGUUAAGCUGCCAAAUGCUGGAAAAGGGAAGAACCAAAGGUUAUAAGUUGGGUGCAAAUUUGCAACUUUGCCACUAGAUGCCACUAAAUCCUACACACUGGUCCUUUAAGUCAUCAAACAGGUGCAGGCAUGGACAUUGUUAGAAGAAAAAAAACAAUCACCAGGCGUACUGACCAUUCCUGAUUUACUUUUCUCGUUUGCGUCUCUUUUUUUGAAAUGUCCCUCAGUACCUGGAAGCAAUAUACAUUUGAAUUUAGAUUGUUAACAUUAAAAGUCAGGCAUUUACAAAAAAUCUGUUAUAAUCAUUUUUCCCAGGGUUCACUAAGUCCUGUCUUCUUUUGUCCUGCAGCUUUGUGACUAAUCGUCACUGCUUUCUUUUCACCUUUUAUGUGUAUUAAUCAUCUCUUGUCUUCAACUUGUCUUUAAAAAAAAUCAUAUUAAUAUAUGAACAUGCAGUUUGAAUGACUGUUGUUGGACCAUCACUGUUGCCUAGAUCUCAGUUAUACUGGAUAGCCUUGUACUGUACCAAAUCUGGAUUUCAAUGCUGGCAUUCCAAUAAAUGCCAAGGAGAUA